ACAGUGUGUAACAUUUUCCAUCUGCAGCUCAGCCUUAUUUAUCCAUUUCCUCAACAUGAAGGGCAGUCUCUGUCCCAUCCUUUUCUCUAUCCAGUCAGAUACAAAUUUCAAGAAACUCUUUGGAAACAUACUCUGCUGAUAAUGUUCCUUUUUAAUGUCACACUGUUCAAUAACCUAAACUUCCUCCUUUCCACCAAAGAAGUAAUAGGUGAAAUGCCUACAAAACUCUGAUAAAUCCAGUACUUCCCAAAUGAUCCCUGUGUUCUGUCUAUUGUUUAAAUGUUCUUUGGAUGACACAACAAAUAGAAAACAUUUAACAAAGUAACACUAAAAGUUAGGAUCCUUAUUGAUAGCAUGAACAGCUUCCAUGAUAUGAUAUGACACUGAAGUAACCUGAGUGAAACAGCGCCAUCUAAUACCCCGAGUAUGUGCAUUUAUUGUUCUUGAAGUGUUCAAGAAAACUGCUGUGGAUCAGGACUUCUAUUUUGUCAUUUUCAGGACUUUUAUAUUGUUUUGUUUUAUAUUUACAAAGUGUCCAGUAGCCAUUUGAUGGCCAGCAGUGGCAACAAGAGGACCUGUGUGGCUUAGAAAUUUACGGCAAUAUUGCACUUUUCACUAUUUCCACAUCUGUUUGCCAGUCUGUGAGCUCAUAAAGUUCUGGCUACGCGAUAUGAUAUUUUUUUAAUAAGUAACUACUGUGGCAUCUAACUCUGUAGAUCCAGUUCAGAGAAACAGCUCAGCUCUGAUGAAGUCGCUCAUUUCCUCGUCAACCACCAAAUCUUAUCUCACUGCAUGUGUUCCUGUUGUGACAGAGAACACGUAGCAAAGGCCUUCUUGAAGCAGUUUCUUCCAGAGGUUGACAGCCAACAAGUUAAUAUCAUGGAGAUGACGAUUCUUCUGCUGGUAUCCACUGUGGCACUGCUGGGCAAUCAGGCUGUUGCCAGUCCUGCUCCUCACAAUGUCAACCUAAACCAUAUAAUUGAUCUGGCUGAAAAAUACAAUGAAUCUCUGUCUAAGGAAUUCUGUGUGGAGGAUGUGCGGGAUCUGUAUGAAAGCGGCUGUGACGAUACAUUCUUCUGCAAAGUGCAUGAUAUCCUGCAUAAGCAUGAAGCCACCGUAAAACACAACCAGAAGGAAGUUAUUGUGAGAAACCUGAAGAACUAUCUCAAUGGCAGAAAUGCAAACUGUGCAGAGUUACUAAAGGAGGUGACACCAAGAGGAGUUGAAAGUCUGUUAUUUAAACUGCUGGAAUAUCUCAAGCAGUGCAUCCAACGGAUUGACUUUAACGGGGGCAACAAAUCAAGCCUUGAAUACCGAACAGCUGAUCACCUGAACUAUAAACCUGUCAUACAGCAUUGGAAUAAGUGUUCACAAAAAAAUAAAUUUUGUUGCCCAUGA